AUGGUCCCAGACCCUACGUUGAUUGGGUACGGAAUGGCGGUGCAAAACCUCAGCGAUCACCUAGAAGCGGGAGGACAUCAAACACAUCUCAAUAACCCGAUGCUGCUAUUCGAGCUGGUAGACAAGCUGCCCGCUAACAUGAAGCUAGAUUGGUCGCUGUAUAAGCAACGGUGUGCGGAAGUAAACGUUCGGGCAUUCUCGCAGUACAUGGCGACUCUGGUCCGAGCAGCGACGGAUGUAACUCUGCACUACGAUCCGAAGCAACAACCGCAGCAGCAGCCGCAGCGAGCUGUGAAGGACGGCAAAGAUAAAGGUUUCUGUGGGACGCACUCCUCGGAGGAGGUGCUGAGGACACCAGUGAAGGAGAAGGCCAUUUCCGCUAACAAACCAGAGCCAUCGAAUCCAGCGUGUUUGGUCUGCAAGGACCCUGAUCAUCGUGUGAAGAACUGCUCCGUGUUCGCCAAGAAGCUGCUGGAUGAUCGCUGGAAGCGAACGGGACAGCUUGGAUUGUGCCGUAUCUGCUUGGGUCUACAUGGCAAGCGUCCUUGUAGGAUUCGGGAAAAGUGCGGAAUCGACGACUGUCAGCUCCGGCACCACCCUCUGCUACAUUCCAAGCAGGAAACUAGCAAUUCCAAUGAAAGGACCGGCGCAAAAUCAGCUGCCGCGAAUGUGAUUACCAACCACCAUUCCUCUGACAGAGCGGCGCUGUUUCGAAUCAUCCCAGUAAAACUAUAUGGGAACAAUCGAUCCGUAGCAGCCUACGCCUUCUUGGACGAUGGAUCUGCGAAGACGCUGGUGGAUGAGGAAAUCAUAAGGCAACUAGGCGUCAAAGGAGAAACCCAACCGCUUUGCCUGCAGUGGACAGCUAACGUGAAGCGGAUUGAAGCAGAAUCUCAGCUAGUAACUUUGGACGUAUCCGGAGAAAAUGGUCAGACAAGGUUCACAUUGAAGGAUGUGCGAACUGUGCGCAAGCUAGAUCUACCACGGCAGUCGCUGCGAUACGCGGAACUCGCCCAGGACUUUCCACAUCUGAAAGGCCUACCGAUAAAGGACUACGAAGACGCUCUUCCCCGGAUUCUUAUCGGGAACGAUAACGCACACGUCACGACUAUGUUGAAGGUGCGAGAAGGGCAACCCGGAGAGCCCAUUGCAGCUAAGUCACGGCUCGGAUGGACAGUGUAUGGAAUGCAGAGCGAGUACAAUGACCGUGUACACAGUUUUCACAUCUGCGAAUGCCAGAAUGACCAGAAGCUGCAAGAUCUAGUGAAGGAGUUCUUUGCCGUGGAAAGUCUAGGGGUCGUUGCUAUGCCAUGCCCGGAGUCGUCAGAGAUACAGCGAGCGAAGCAGAUUCUGCAGAACACUACAAAGAGAGUCGGUCAACGAUUCGAGACGGGGCUUCUUUGGAGAUACGACCGUUUUGAGUUUCCGGACAGUUACCCGAUGGCGGUUCGACGUCUUGAGUGCCUGGAGCGACGCAUUCGGAAAGAUCCGGCAAUUGGGGAGAGUGUAGUAAGGCAGUGGUCUGAAUACCAAACGAAGGGCUACAUACACAAAGCUACGCAGGCGGAACUCGACGAAGCAGAUCCGAAGCGAACGUGGUACCUUCCAUUGGGAGUGACUAUCAAUCCCAAGAAACCGACGAAAAUCCGAAUAUUUUGCGACGCGGCGGCUACGGUUGAUGGAGUUUCAAUGAAUACGAUGUUGCUGAAAGGACCGGACCUUCUGAACACACUGCUAAACGUCUUGUUUGUGUUCCGGGAAAAACGCAUUGGAUUCUGUGCAGACUUGAAGGAAAUGUUCCAUCAAAUACGAAUUCGGCCGGAGGAUCGUCAUGCCCAACGGUUGCUUUGGAGGGAGGACCCUUCGCACGUCCCGGACGUCUACCUGAUGGAUGUCGCUACGUUCGGAGCAACCUGCUCACCGUGCUCGGCACAGUAUGUUAAAAAUAAAAAUGCCGAAGAAUAUGCAGCAGAGUUUCCAGCAGCGGCCGAGGCAAUCGUGAAAAAACAUUACAUGGACGAUUAUCUCGAUAGCGCAGACAGUGUCGAGGAAGCAAUCAAGAUUGCGUCGGAGGUCAAGCACGUGCAUUCUCUCGGCGGGUUCUACCUGCGCAACUGGUUGUCGAAUGCCAAAGAGGUCCUCGAACGGGUCGGGGAUUGCGAUGCGGUAGUCGAGAAAAGUUUCCGGCUGGACAAGAACUGCUCGACGGAACGAGUGCUCGGAAUGUACUGGAAACCGGACGAAGACGUUUUCACCUUUUCGACAACACUGGCUAUUGAUACAGACCAUCCUACGAAGCGGCAAGCAUUACGAGUCGUCAUGAGUCCGUUCGACCCAAUUGGGCUGCUGUGCUUUUUCUUGAUCCACGGAAAGAUCCUUAUCCAAGAUCUGUGGAGAUUGAGCACGGAGUGGGAUCAGCAGAUACCGGUACAGUUGAAGGAGAAGUGGUCGCGCUGGACGAACCUAUUUCAACGCCUGGAUGAAGUGCGUAUUUCCCGCUGUUAUUUUCCCAAACGUGCGCAGAGGGAUGUCAUCGACCUGCAACUACACAUCUUCGUGGAUGCCAGCGAAGAAGCGUACGCUUGUGUAGCGUAUUUUCGAGCGGAGUUUGCGGAUGGUGAAGAGGUAGCUUUGGUCGGUGGAAAAUCGAAGGUAGCUCCUCUGAAGGCUUUGUCCAUUCCAAGGCUGGAGCUAAUGGCAGCGGUGAUCGGGGUUCGACUGCUGAAGACGAUUCGUAACGGGCAUUCGAUGAAAAUAGACAGAGUGAUUAUGUGGAGCGAUUCGAAGACGGUGCUAGCCUGGAUCAACUCUGACCAUCGAAAUUAUCGGCAGUUUGUUGCAUGCCGCAUCGGUGAAAUUUUGUCCAAAUCGGACGUGGAACAAUGGCGGUGGAUACCAACAAAGGAGAAUCCAGCAGAUCUGGCGACAAAGUGGGGAAGAGGUCCCUGCUUAUCUCCUAAUAGUCAGUGGUUCAGAGGACCGAACUUUCUGCGUACACCCGAAAGCGAAUGGCCCGCAGGACUAAAACCAACGGAACAGAAAACGACCGAAGAGCUGCGAGCAUGUAUGGUGCAUACGGACGCAACAGUGAGUCUGGUGGUGGAUUGGAAGCGUUUCUCCAACUGGACCCGUUUAGUGCGAGCUGUAGCUUAUGUGCUUCGAUUUUGUCGGAAUGUGCUGCGAAGAGUGAAGAAGGAUCAGCUAGGAAUGGGGCUGCUGACGCAGCAAGAACUAGCGCAAGCAGAGAUCAACAUUUUCCGGAUGGUGCAAAGGGAGCAGUAUCCAGAUGAGGUUGCAGUGCUUUCCAAGGAGCUGCAGGAGAAUAGUAUGAAAGGUGGUAGGCUGGAACGAACGAGUAAGAUUCGGACACUAUCGCCAUACAUGGAUGACGCCGGCGUGAUUCGGUCGGAGUCCCGGAUUUCCGCCGCUACCUUCGUUGCGUACGAUACGAGAUUCCCGAUCAUCCUACCGAAGGAGCACGAAGUCACCCGAUUGCUACUACAAUGGUAUCAUCGGAGGUUUCUGCACGCCAAUGGGGAAACAAUAGUCAACGAAGUGAGGCAGCGAUUCCAUAUCUCUGCCCUUCGUGCAGCAGUUCGCAACAUAGCAAAGCUGUGUCAGAUGUGCAAGGUGAAGAAGGCGACCCCGGCAGUUCCACGAAUGGCUCCACUUCCCGAGGCGAGACUAAAACCGUAUGAACGACCUUUUUCGUACGUAGGGCUCGACUAUUUCGGCCCGAUAUCCGUUCGGGUAAAUCGAAGCACAGUGAAAAAAUGGAUAGCGCUAUUCACAUGCCUCACUACUCGUGCCGUGCAUCUGGAGGUGGCGCACUCACUCUCGACGGAAUCGUGCAAGCAAGCGAUACGCCGCUUCAUCGGGCGCAGGGGCGCUCCGGUAGAAAUACGCAGCGACCGAGGGACGAACUUUGUGGGGGCGAAUAACGAUUUGCGCAAGGAGAUGAUCGAGAUGGACCGACAGAUUGCAGAGACGUUCACCAACACGAAUACCAGAUGGGUGUUCAAUCCACCAGCAGCGCCGCAUAUGGGUGGCGCGUGGGAGCGUUUGGUCAGAUCUGUCAAGACAGCGAUGGCGGCGAUACAAACGACCGAGAUCCCGAAAGAAGAAGCUCUGGCAACGUUUAUUGUAGAAGCAGAGAGCGUAGUCAACUCCAGGCCCUUGACGUUCAUUCCAUUAGAAACGGAGCAGCAAGAGGCACUGACGCCAAAUCAUUUUCUUUUGCUGAGCUCAACAGGUGUGAAACAACCUCCUAAGAUCCUGGUAGAGCCGAAGAUGGUAUGCAGAGGAAGCUGGGAGCUGUGUCGCUCCAUGGUAGAUCAGUUUUGGAGAAGAUGGAUCAGAGAGUAUCUGCCAACCAUUGCCCGACGAACGAAGUGGUUUGGAGAAGUGAGGCCGAUUGCCGUGGGAGAUUUGGUUGUCAUCGUAGAGGAGAAGGUUCGCAAUGGAUGGAUACGUGGAAGAGUUGUGAAAGUCAACGAAGGAACGGAUGGUAGAGUUCGUGAGGCGGAGAUACAGACGGCGACUGGGAUGAUGAAACGCCCGGUUGCCAAGAUAGCGCGACUGGACAUAGAAGAAAGCAAAGCUGGUCAGUAG